AAAACUCAUUAUAUGGGAAAGGAAACAGUUGUGUUAAUUUCAUGGACUGCUUCAGCGUGCCAGAACAGGUGACAGAAGGGGAGCUGUCCAAUAUGCAAGUAAGGAGCCCCCACCCCACCCCAGCCCGUCAGCUUCCUCGGUGAGAAUGAAAUAAAUAAACAAUGAAUGGUCCACUCUCCUCGCGCGCCUCAUCCCAUCUCAUGCAUGGCUGCCAGUAAUGGUCUAUUGGGUGUCAGCUUUUAUUGGCACGGCACAAAGCAAGUGCCAAGGGCUCCGAGGCUCGACUCCCCGCUGCAGACUCGGCCUGUGGAUAAAAGCGAGCAAAAUGCCCCAGUCGAGCUCAGAGACAUAGUCAUGUUGGGCUGGAACGAGGAAGUGCAGUGGAGAGGGGAGGGACUCAGGGCGCAGCUCCAUGGGGCCGCCGCGGCGCUGCGACCUUCUGCACAUGGAGCCGGGGAGAGUUGGAAGAACUUCAUACUGCAAACUCAAGGAAUAGCAGAGUACUUGCACCGCAUGGAGACAGAGGAGGCCCAGGAAAUGGCCCAGAUGCCAGGCAGGGACAGCCCCCCUGCCAACGAAGCAUCCGAGGAGGCAGAGGAGCCCAUGGCCGUCCCUGAGGACCUGUCAGCCGGCUCCACCCACCAGCAGAACAACAGAGCGGACAAAGUGAUUCAGACGGAGCCUUUGCUUUUUCAUGAGACAAAGAGGGAGACUGAGCUGUCUAGUUCCCGAAAACAUGGAGCCUGUAACAUUAAAGUUGAGGCUCGCAGUGAUGAGGAGAAUGGGCUGGCCUGUGACAUGAAUGGCGUGGAGGAGGAGGAGUGCGCGGAAGACUUGCGCGUGAUCGAUGCCUCGGGGGCCAAGGUGAACGGCUCACAACCGAGCCCUGAAGCCAAGGCCUUCUCUUCGGCCGGCGGUAUCCGGCUGCCCAACGGGAAGCUCAAGUGCGAUAUCUGUGGGAUAGUUUGCAUUGGCCCCAAUGUGUUGAUGGUGCACAAGCGAAGCCACACUGGAGAGCGCCCUUUCCAGUGCAGCCAGUGCGGCGCCUCUUUCACCCAGAAGGGCAACCUGCUGCGUCACAUCAAGCUCCAUUCAGGGGAGAAACCCUUCAAGUGUCACCUGUGCAGCUACGCCUGCCGCAGGAGGGACGCCCUCACCGGUCAUUUACGCACCCACUCAGUUGGAAAACCCCACAAGUGUGCUUACUGUGGGCGGAGUUACAAGCAGCGCAGCUCUCUCGAGGAGCACAAGGAGAGGUGUCACAACUACCUCCAGUGCAUGGGGCUGCAGAACAGCAUCUACACAGUAGUAAAGGAAGAAAGCAACCAGAAUGAGCAGAGGGAAGACUUAAGCCAGACGGGAUCUGACAGAGCCUUGGUGCUAGACAGACUAGCUAAUAAUGUAGCUAAGCGUAAGAGCACUAUGCCACAGAAGUUUGUGGGUGACAAACGUCUCUCAGACCUCUCCUUCGAUGGAGGAGCAGGUGAGCUGAUCCAGCCCCACGUCAUCGACCAGGCCAUCAACAGCGCCAUCAGCUACCUGGGGGCUGAGUCACUUCGACCUCUGGUCCAGACCUCCCCAGCCUCCUCCUCUGAUGUGGGCCUCGGUUCCAUGUACCCCCUCCACAAGCCGGCGCCCGAGGGUCACACGGGGUCAGGCAUGUCAGCCAAAGACAGCGCAGCUGAGAACCUGCUGCUGCUCUCCAACUCCAAGUCUGCAUCCAGCGAGAAGGACGGCUCACCCAGCCACAGCGGCCAGGACUCCACAGACACCGAGAGCAACAACGAGGAUCGUCCAGGCGGGGCAGCAUCCGGCCUCAUCUACCUGACCAACCACAUCACCUCGGGGGUGAGGAACGGCGUGCUCCCUCUGGUGAAGGAGGAGCAGCAGAGGCAGUACGAGGCUAUCCGAGCCAGCAUUGAGAUGGCCUCCGAGGGCUUCAAGGUGGUGACGACAGACGGGGAGCAGGUGAGGGCGUACCGGUGUGAACACUGCCGCGUUCUCUUCCUGGACCAUGUCAUGUACACCAUUCACAUGGGCUGCCACGGCUUCAGAGACCCCUUCGAGUGCAACCUCUGCGGUCACCGGAGUCAAGACCGAUACGAGUUCUCUUCUCACAUAACAAGAGGGGAGCAUCGCUACUGAGCCCCACCCCCAUUGGCCAGAGAGCAAACACAGACAAACAGGUGAACAUACGGAAAACAUGCCACCACACUUACUCAUGCACCUGAAACAAAUGCAUAGAAAUACAAAAUGUAAAAUACACUGUUGAUGUCUGAAAGAUGUGUUUUUUAUACAAAGUAUGCAUGUCUGUUAAACACAAAUAAAUGUACAACUAUUAAAAAAAAACAUUUAUUUUCCUUCCCAUGCUCAAAAGGAAGAGUAGUUCAUCUGUCUUUUUUUAAAGGAACUAAAUAAUGUUCAGUGAAGACAACACAGCAGAGUUAAUGUGCCACAUCCUACAUAGGUUUUAAAUUAUGUAUUUACACUUGCCACGUGUAUAAAAUGUAUAAACGUGUCUUUUCUUUUGGAAAACCAGGCAGCAAUAGAAAAGAUUUCCAUCUUCACUGAAGUGUCUGAAAUGUCAAUAAAAGAUUCCAUUCUGCAGUUGUUUUCAGUGCCAGAAAACCACUUUAAUAUUAGAUACAAUCAAUAAAAACAAUCAAUGUAGAUAACCCCACAUUUCCUCCCAAAAGUUUCAACCUGUUCUUGUAUUUGUAACAACCUACAUAUUAUUUAUAUCACAUAUACACGCCUGUCUGUUUUUGUAUUUAUUACAGUGAUCGAUGUUUGUCUGUAGAGUAGUUAACAAAAGCUGCAUCUUUCUGUCCAACUGUACGAAACGUGUUAGAGGUGAAAACAUGACCGCUGCUGGAAUUUAUUUUUUUCAUUUUAUCCGAAGAAAAUGUUAUCCUGGCCUUUUGUUUUGUACCUGAUGGCUAAGAAUUGAUACACACUUACAAAAUGAAAAUAAGCCGUUUGAGGUUUGAAGGAGCUUUAUGCUUGCAAAAAUAUCAAUAAAGGAUAUUUUAUAUAUGCACAAAGA